UGUCCACCCGGCGCCUCCGCAGCGAGGACUACAACGACUACAGCUCCACGGACGUCACGCCGGAGGGGAGCCCGCCUGGUGGCAUGAAUGGCUUUGCCCACCCCGAGUCCUACCAGCGCUUUGGGGAGACCAAUGGGACAACGUGGUACCAGACCCUGAUUCACCUCCUGAAGGGGAACAUCGGCACGGGGCUGCUGGGGCUGCCGCUGGCUGUGAAGAACGCUGGCAUCCUGCUGGGUCCCCUGAGCCUGCUGGUGAUGGGAGUCGUGGCUGUGCACUGCAUGGGCCUCCUGGUGAAGUGUGCCCAUCACUUCUGCUACAGGUUCCAGAAGCAGUUUGUGGACUAUGGGGAUGCUGUGAUGUACGGGCUGGAGUCAACUCCCAGCGCCUGGCUGCGGACACAUGCUGCCUGGGGAAGGCGUGUAGUGGGACUGUUCCUGAUCAUCACUCAGUUGGGUUUCUGCUGCGUGUACUUUGUCUUUCUCGCUGACAAUCUGAAGCAGGUCAUAUCUGCGGCAAACGGGACCACCAAUGACUGCAACUUGAACAGGACGGUGGCCAUGACCCCCACCAUGGACUCCCGGCUCUACAUGCUUUCCCUCCUGCCUUUUGUGGUGCUGCUCACCUUCAUCCAGAAUCUCAAGGUUCUGUCCAUCUUCUCCAUGCUGGCCAACGUGGCCAUGCUCGGCAGCCUCAUCGUGAUCUACCAGUACAUCGUCAGGGUGCUGCCUCUGGAAAACAAGAUGAAGAACCCCCGGCAGUUCCCGGUCAUCCUCUACGUGGGGAUGACCCUUGUCACCAUCUUGUACAUCAGCCUGAGCGUCCUGGGGUACCUGCGAUUCGGGGCGGGCAUCCAGGCCAGCAUCACGCUCAACCUGCCCAACUGCUGGCUGUACCAAGCUGUCAAACUGCUCUUCUCCUUCGGGAUUUUCUUCACGUAUGCCGUGCAGUUCUACGUGCCUGCCGAGAUCAUCAUCCCUCCCCUCGUUGCCCGCGUGUCGGAGCGCUGGGGCUGCCUGGUGAACCUGCUGCUCAGGGUGGCCCUGGUCGGCGUGACCU